AUGGGACGCAUGUAAAUGAAAGGAAAAGGAAAAGGUAUUUCCGGAUCUGCAUUACCUUAUAAAAGAAAAGCGCCGAAAUGGCUCCAUAUGAGUCCUUCUUAAGCAUCUGAUUUAAUCGUUAAAUUAGCUAAAAAAGGUCUUACUCCAUCUUAAGUUGGUGUAAUUCUUAGAGAUUAGCAUGGUAUUCCUUAAGUAAGAUUUUUAACAGGCUAAAAAAUAUUAAGAAUUUUGAAAAAAAAUGGUUGUGCUCCUUCGAUUCCUGAAGAUCUUCACUGUUUAAUUAAAAAAGCAGUUGCUAUAAGAAAACAUUUAGAAAAAAAUAGAAAAGACAAAGAUUCUAAAUUCAGAGUUAUUCUUGUUGAAUCUAGAAUACACAGAUUGGUAAGAUAUUACAAACUUAAUUAAAAACUUCCUCCUACUUGGAAAUACAAUGCAAACACUGCAUCAGCAUUAGUAUAAUGAAAAUUUUAAAUAAAAAUUAAUAAGUAAAAUUAAUUUAAAAUAAGUUUUAGAAUUAUAUAAAAUGAAAACAAAUUCGCAUAUUUAUAUUUA